AUGGCUUUCAAGUUCGUCGUCUUCCUGGCUUCGUUGGCGGUUGCCAGCGCUGGAUAUCUGGAGGCUCCAGUGUCGUACGCCGCCCCAGCUCACUACUCGCCAGCAUCGGCUGUGAGCUACAGCACUCUGUCGCAGGCUGCUCCUUUGGCUAAGACCGUGGCCUAUGCUGCCCCGGCUGUUGCCAGCUAUGCCGCUCCAGCUUAUGCCACCUACGCCGCUCCAGUUGCCAAGACCCUCACCUACUCUGCACCAGCUGUUGGAGCUACCCACGAGAGCACCGUCCGUUCCCAUGAUGCCACCGUUUCCCACUACUCGAAGGCCGUCGACACCCCAUACUCCAGCGUUCGCAAGUCCGACACUCGCAUCACCAACGAAGCCCCCAAACUGGCCUACGCUACCACCUAUGCCGCUGCCCCAGCAUACACCAGCUACGCUCAUGCUCCAGUUGCUGUCGCUAAGCAAGUGAGCUAUGCUGCCCCAGCUGUCACCUACGCCCAUGCUGCCCCAGCCGUCAGCUACGCUCAUGCCGCCCCAGCCGUCAGCUACGCCCAUGCUGCCCCAGCUGUUGCCACCUAUGCUCAUGCUGCCCCAGUCGUCACUAAGCAACUGAGCUAUGCUGCCCCAGCCGUCAGCUACGCUCAUGCCGCCCCAGCAGUCAGCUACGCCCAUGCUGCCCCAGCUGUUGCCACCUAUGCUCAUGCUGCCCCAGUUGUCACCAAGCAGCUCAGCUAUGCUGCCCCAGCCGUUGCCACCUACGCCCAUGCUGCCCCAGCUGUUGCCACCUACGCCCAUGCUGCCCCAGCUGUCGCGACCUACGCCCACUCUGCUCCAGUUGUGUCUGCUCACUCCACCAAGACCCUGACCUACUCGCCAGCUGUUGAAGUUGCCCAUGUUUCCUACGAUGGAACCCAUGCCCACUAUGGCUGGUAA